AUGAGCUUCACCCCGUUUGGCGGCUUCCCGACGACGUUGGCAACGAUCCCACAUUUCGCUGUUGGGAAAUUCCAGCAGGCCCAGGACCAGGGGUUUGUUUCAAUACCAUCGUCCCAGGGCCUGCAGAUAGCCGUCAGCACAGUGGACCCAUCACAACUGAAUCAUCACAACCUCAACGGGCAUGUCCAUGUUCCAACGUCCAGCACCCUCCAGAUCCAGAACCAGAUGCUCAAUACCUUGUUGAGCAAGACUGGCCAGAACGAUGUGUUUGUAAAAGUGGAAACAGAGGCGGAGGAAAACGAAAGGUUUCAGCAGCAACACCACCAAGAUAAAAGUGCCCAACAGGACAUUAGUAGUUUAAAUGAAUACCUGUCCCGGUUCUCUGGACCACCCACAUUCCCUUUCCAGCAGAUGUACAAAUACCCCACUGAGCUCAUCCACGUCACUCAGACUGAUGAUCAGCAGCAGAACAUGAUGAAUGACAACUCCCCAUCGGUUCAAACACCUGAGCAGCAGCAGUCUCAGGUCCCCAAGAAAGCCAAAAAGAAGAAAAAGAGACGUGAUCCUAUCCCUGGAGUGCCUAUGCCUAGGAGGAGGAGCACGAGUUUGCAGCCAGCGCUGACGACAGCUCUGGAUGGAACGACGCUCUAUGGAUGCCCUCAGUGCCACACGGUCUUCAACAAUCGGGAAGCCAUCGAGACUCACCUCACGAUACACCGAUCGGAGAGACCGUUCAUCUGCAACGACUGCGGUGCAGCUCUGAAACGUAAAGAACAUUUAGAUAGACAUAGGUCUUCGCACAUGACUGAACGCCCACACCCGUGCCCUGAACACUUACAAAGGCAUUCGAUCAUUCAUCGAACUGAUAAAGUGCACCGUUGUCCUGAAUGUGGUAAAGGUUUCAAUCGCAAGGAUCACCUGACCAAGCACAUUCACUCCCAUAUGGCCAAGAGGAUUAAGCAGGAGCUUGGCCAGCAGCCAGGGAAAGCAGGGCAACAGAACAAUGACAACAAUUCCACCAUCAACAUUCAGCAGCAUCAGAGCGUUUUGGCGCAUCUGCAUUGA